AUGGCUGAGUAUCGAGGCGCGGCGCCGGCGCGUAAUCACCAGCAGCCGGGGCAGCCGGCCAACGUCCUCCUCGUCCCCGACCCGGACCGCCGCAACCAGCAGCAGCUCUGCCUCGACGCCGGGCGCGCGCUCCUGCUUUGCGGCGCGCUCGUCAUCACCAUCCCAACCGCAUUUGAUUUUGCUCCCGCCAACGCCAACAGCCCUGCUGCGGCCAACACCACACUUGCUGCGUUCAUCGGCUUCCUCUUGUGGAUCCUCGGCGCGUGCCUGUGCCUGAUGGCGCUCACGCCCGCGGUUCCGUGGGCUAUGCAGAUCUUUGUGAAGACCCUCACUGGCAGGACCAUCACCCUCGAGGUUGAGUCCUCGGACACAAUUGACAAUGUCAAGGCAAAGAUCCAGGACAAGGAGGGAAUCCCACCGGAUCAGCAACGUCUGAUCUUUGCUGGCAAGCAGCUCGAGGAUGGGCGGACGCUCGCCGACUAUAACAUCCAGAAGGAGUCUACCCUCCACCUUGUCCUCAGGCUCAGGGGUGGCAUGCAGAUCUUUGUGAAGACCCUGACUGGAAAGACCAUCACACUGGAGGUCGAGGCCUCAGACACGAUAGACAAUGUGAAGGCCAAGAUUCAAGACAAGGAGGGCAUUCCACCAGACCAGCAACGCCUCAUCUUUGCUGGGAAGCAGCUCGAGGAUGGCCGCACCUUGGCUGACUACAACAUUCAAAAAGAGUCCACCCUUCACCUUGUGCUCAGGCUAAGGGGAGGCAUGCAAAUCUUUGUCAAGACUCUGACUGGGAAGACCAUCACACUUGAAGUUGAGUCUUCUGAUACGAUUGAUAACGUAAAGGCAAAGAUUCAAGACAAGGAGGGCAUCCCACCAGACCAGCAGCGCCUCAUCUUUGCUGGAAAGCAACUCGAGGAUGGCCGCACUCUUGCCAACUACAACAUUCAGAAGGAGUCUACCCUCCAUUUGGUGCUCCGCCUCCGUGGUGGUAUGCAGAUUUUUGUGAAGACACUGACUGGCAAGACCAUCACCCUGGAGGUCGAGUCUUCUGACACGAUCGACAAUGUGAAGGCAAAGAUCCAGGAUAAGGAGGGCAUCCCGCCGGACCAGCAGCGUCUGAUCUUUGCUGGUAAGCAGCUUGAGGAUGGCCGCACAUUGGCGGACUACAACAUCCAGAAGGAGUCUACACUCCACCUGGUUCUACGUCUCCGUGGUGGCUACUAA